AUGCUUCUCCCACGGCGAUCGGUCCUCUUUUUUGGCUUCUGCUUUUUUCUCGUUCUCUUCCUGACGACGCGCAACCUGUCACAGCCAUGGGCCAAUGUGCAACAGGUCGUGGGUCUGGGCGAUGUGAUUGACUCACCGGCGGGCAAGACGGGGUCUAGGAGUGCGACUGCCGGGCAGCCAGAUCAAGACUCGUUCGCAUCUCAGCCGAAGUUCGUGCCGGGUAUUCCCAACCCACCCGGGCAGAACUAUUCCAAGGUUGUGGUAUUGUCGCAGACCAAGGAAGAGGAUACCAGCUGGGUUGACCAAUUAACUGAUUGGCAGUCCGCCAAGUAUGUCGUCGAUGAUAGCUCCGCUCCACUUCAUCCGCCAGCAAACAAGGGCCACGAAGUCAUGGUAUACCUUACCUACAUCAUCGACCAUUACGACAAACUCCCCGACGUCGCAGUGUUCAUGCACGCCCAUAAGACCGCCUGGCACAAUGACCCACUCCUCAACGGUGAUUCUUCCCAGGUUCUUCGGCGGCUCAGCUUGGAUCGCGUGAUCCGGGAAGGAUACAUGAACACCCGGUGUGCCGGUGGACCCGGAUGUCCGGACUGGAUGCACCUAGGUGCUGCCGAAGAGAAUGAGUUCAAGCAGGAGGAAGUUAUGCUGGCCCGGUCCUGGGGCGAACUGUUCCCGGACGAGCCGAUCCCUUCGGUGUUGGCCCAGCCGUGCUGUGCCCAAUUUGCCCUGUCUGGGCAGCGGAUUCGCUCCAUUCCCCGCGCGCGCUUCAUUUUCUACCGCGACUGGUUACUCUCAACUGCGCUGAGUGACUUCAUUACCGGCCGCGUAUGGGAGUACAUUUGGCAAUUCGUGUUCACGGGCAAACAUUCCGUCUGUCCAGUCGAAAGUGUGUGCCUCUGCGACGGCUAUGGCUUCUGCUUCGGUGGCCCCGACGAGUUUGAUGCCUACCGGUCUCUCGAGAGCCAGCAAAAUGAGCUGCGGAACUCUCUCGAGAAUUGGGAUUCCCUGUCCGAGGAUAUUGAAUCCGCUCGCGAGAAGGACGAACUCAAUGAGUCGACUCCUCUGGAAGUCCCGGAAGUGGGCCAAAAUUCUCAAAUGAUCCGUGAGCUGGCGAAAUUGGAGAAGAAUGUCACCGACAUACUUAAUGCGGCCAUUGAGCGUGGCAACAACCCCAAGUACCGAGCCCAGGAGGCCGGUCGUCCUUGGAACGAAGGCGAUGGGUUUUGA